AUGGGCCAGCUUGAUGAUCAAAUUUCCGAGGUCGACUACAGUGAGGAAACGCUGCCACCCUGGCGGCCGUUUGUGACGGCCUUGGUGUGGAAGUGCGCCAGAUGGGGAGCCUGGAAGGUUCUGGAGGAGGAAAGCUAUGGUGGCGGCCACGAUAUUCCGCUGAGCAAAAAGGCCGCAGAGUUUUGGGCCGCGGCGGGCUUCCGCGCCUUCUUGCAGCUGGGCGCAACAGGGCGAUGCGUCCAUGUCCACGGACAUCGUGGACUCCAGCCUCGUCAGACCUUUGGGCCUCCCAGCACUGACGUUGCGGUGCACGUGAACCCAGUAGACUCUGCCCUGUACAGGGAGGGUCUGCGGGUCAUGUUUGAUCGCCUCGCUGGCAACGACGGCGACAGGCCAGAACCAGCCGACGCCCUUUCACAAG